ACUGUAGAAGAGAGGAGUCUGAGCACUGUGUCUUGGGCCACAAGAGUGUCCCGCUGAGAAAGGCCAAGAAUGCAAACCAAGUGAAAAUGGCCUUUGAAGGAGCGAGGAGCUGUCAUGAGGCACAGGCUGCUGAAAGGAUCUCCCGAUGACAGGGUGCAGCCCUGUGUUUGCCAUGCAGAACAUCGUGGGUGUACCCCACGUACUGGUGAGGAGAAGACUCCUGGGAAGGGACCUCUUUUUGACCAGGACCCUCUGCAGCCCAGGCCCCAGCCAGUCGAGAGAAAAGCGACCAGAGGAGUUGGCCCUGGGGUUGUACCACCGCCUCCCAGCACUGGGAAAAGCCCUGGGGCACAGCAUUAAACAACGCACAGCCUCCACAGCCAAGACCUGGUGGGACAGAUAUGAAGAGUAUGUGGGAAUCAAUGAAGUUCGAGAGGCCCAGGGCAAGGUGACUGAGGCGGAGAAAGUGUUCAUGGUGGCUCGUGGGCUUGUCCGAGAGGCCCGAGAGGAUUUGGAAGCUCAGCAGGCCAAGCUGAAGGAGGUGAGGGACCGUUUGGAUCGAGUCUCCAGGGAUGACAGCCAGUACCUGGAACUGGCCACUCUGGAACACAGGAUGCUACAGGAAGAGAAGAGGCUCCGUACAGCCUAUCUGCGUGCAGAAGACUCUGAGCGGGAGAAGUUCUCUCUCUUCUCAGCAGCUGUGCGGGAGAGCCAUGAGAAGGAGCGCACAAGGGCCGAGAGGACCAAGAACUGGUCCCUCAUCGGGUCAGUCCUGGGAGCGCUAAUCGGCGUGGCUGGUUCCACCUACGUGAACCGCGUCCGACUACAGGAACUGAAGGCCUUACUCCUGGAGGCACAGAAGGGGCCUGUGAGUCUUCAGGAGGCCAUCCGGGAACAGGCAUCUAGCUACUCCCUCCAGCAGAGGGACCUCCAAGACCUCAUGAUGGACCUGAAGGGCCUGGUACAUGCUGGGCACAGCCAAGGCCAGGGCCCUGGGUUGACGGCAGGUGUUUCUUCCACCCGCGAGAGAGACGUAGAUGUCCUUUCAGCCACCAUGAGAGAGCAGCUCAGUCAUUCCCGGCAGGUCCAUUCCUGCCUGGAGGGUUUACGAGAGCAGCUCGAUGGCCUGGAAAAGACUUGCAAGCAAAUGGCUGGGGUCUUUCAGCUUGCAAAGGCUGCAGCACAGCCAGGCCUGGUGGAGCCAGUAGAUGGGGCUCUGGCCGGCUCCUUGCUGGAGCAGGGGGGCAUGAUCUUGGCCCUGUCUGAUAUGGAGCAGAGGCUAGAAGCCCACGCCAACAGGAACUCUGUCUGCAGCACGCUGGCCACCUGUGUGACACUUGUGGUCACACUACCUGUGCUGUACAUGCUCUUCAAGACCAGAUAGCCUGGGGACCUGCCUCCAAGGAGCUUAAUGGGCGACUGUGGCAUUUGUUGUUGACAGAGUGAGUCUUGGGGUACACAGAGCCGCAGCCGAACUCUGAGCCAUCUGUGGGCUCACCAGCAGGCGCACUUUGUUUUGUGGACUAUGCUCAUUUAUCUAAUUUCCAAAGCUUUGCACUGAUGUCCAAUUAAAAUAUCUUAAGGUUUUUGUAUUA